AUGCUACCACUCCCUACAUUUUCCGGUUCGAAUAUGGGCACUGGUUUCAUGAACUUCCUAAACGAAUUUUAUGAAAUAAGCCAUAUAAUGGGGAUAAACGAAGCCCAAAUGGCUCGCCUACUCCCAGCCCAUCUUAAGGGAGUGGCAAAAGCAGUUUAUGAAAACCUAUCUGAUGAUGAAAAAGCCGACUGGAGGGUAGCAGUUACGAAGACCAAAGAGCACUUCUCGACAGAUCAGUUUCUAGACUUGGCCAGAGAGAGGAUUAUGUGUAUGAAAAUGGAACCAAAUGAGUCUCCUGUACUAUUCUCUCACAGAAUAAAGAAAGAACUCAUGGAAGCAUAUCUCCAUACCACCUUUGCAGAAAGACGGAACUUUUUACAGGAUAUAAUAUUCACUAAUGGCUUACCUAAUAAAACCAAAGACCAAAUGAAACUCCUCGGUCCCUUACCCACAAACUACGAUACUUUACUUCGCGAUGCAGAACGAAUGUAUGAUAUUAUCAAAACAAGAUCUCUUCCAGAAGAGGAUUUGCUAAUAGCUAAAAUCGAUAGAGCUAUUGAUACUAUAAUUUCUAAUAGAAACCCUGUACUUACUACUACUAGAUCUGGCCGUAGACCUAACCGUGCUUACAAUCCCAAAUCUGAGGCUAGGGAAAACAAUGUCCUGAACGCAUUUAUCGCUUCUUCUUCUGCAUUUUCUCUUAAAUAUCAGCUAUGUGCAGCAGGAAAAUCGGGUUGGCCAAUUGCUUUCCCUGAUCCUCUCUCCAAAUCAUCCCAAGUUUUGAUCACUGGAGCCGAUCUUUAUGUUGAACGGACAGAACCCUUAUUAUUGCCAGCUUAUCAUUGCUUCAAUAAGACUAGGAAAAUAUGCGCAUCCUCAUACUUACAUAUUUCCUUCUCGGUUAACAGUGACGAGGACUUUAUGACUCCUAUAGAUCCUGCUCUUUGCGAAUCAUUAACGCAAACCAAAAAGCAUUUGGAUGUUCCUUUAGAAAAUUCCUUUCUGCAAAUGUGUACGGAUCAGAAUCAAAUCAAAUACUCGUACCCAUGGUUUUUUGGAGAGAAAUGUACAGUCACUACGAACGUGUAUUUUGAGAAACAAUUGCAACUUUCGACGGCAAUCACUUAA